AUGAAGCUCGCCAUAUUAAUAUGUAUUUACAGUAUAACAUUUUUUAUGGUAUCAUCAAUUAAAAUUCAUAAAAAUAAUUACUAUAUAAGUAGUAAUGUUUUUAGGAGUAAAAGCAUUAACAAUUUACCCCAUAAUAAAUCACUUUAUGCUAAUAGUAACAAGGGGCAAACAUAUAUACAGAAAGCCCAAUCUUGUAUAUCAGACAUUCGAAAAAGUUUUUUUAAACAAGUAGUUAAUAAUAUUAAUACAUAUGGUAUAGCCAUUGCAGUCUUUGCCUUUAGUUCCCUAUUAGGUCUUUUUUACAAAGUAACAAAUAAAAAAAAUAAUGGGAAUGCUACAAAGGGUUUGGACAAUGAUGAAAAUGGAUUACCCAAAUAUCGCUGUGUGAAAUGUAAUUUAUUAAUAUAUCCAGCGAAAGGGCGAGAACAAAAAUUCUUAAAAGACAACUAUAUUUGCCCCAACUGUGGACAGUCUGACAUGGGAAAAUAUAAUACUCGAAAAUAA